AUGAGUCCUCCAGAUGAGGUUGAGCUCGACGAGCCCGUUAAUGGCCGAACCCCUGGCGGUCGAGAGCUCACAGGCGGUGAAGCAAACGACAACCCACCGCCUGAUGCCGUGGCCGCUGAGGACGUACCUCCCAAUGGCGGGUAUGGAUGGGUAUGCACUGCAUGUGUGUUUCUGAUAAACGCUCAUUCUUGGGGUCUCAAUAGUGCUUGGGGCAUCUUUCUUGCACACUAUCUAUCGGACUCCACGUUUGCCAAUGCAUCGAAUCUGGAAUAUGCCUUGAUAGGCGGCCUUUCAAUCUCAUCGUCAGGCCUCAGUGCACCUAUGGUGUCCGUCUCACAAAGAUACUUUGGCACUCAAAUCACACUUUUGAUUGGUACAGGUCUGCUAUUCGCCGCGUUGUUUGGAGCUUCGUAUGCCACUGAGAUAUGGCAUCUGUUCUUGACUCAAGGGGUGUGCUUCGGCUUUGCACUGGGCUUCCUGUACAUUCCCGCCACUGCAGUCCUACCUCAAUGGUUCUCAACUCGACGGAGUUUGGCCAUGGGCAUCGCAUCUGCUGGUUCUGGACUGGGAGGCCUAGCAUACAACCUCGUUGCAGGCCGUAUUGUGCAAGAACUAGGCGUUGAUUGGGCUUACAGAAUCCUUGCGUUUUGUGGACUGGCGGUGAACGUCGUCUGUUCGUUCCUGCUCAAAGAUCGAAACAAGGCUGUACAGCCAAUUCAAAACGCCUUCAGUUACCGCGAGCUCGCGAACGUUGAGGUCGUACUGCUCAUUGCUUGGGGAUUCUUCACCGAGUUGGGUUAUAUCGUCUUGCUGUACUCGCUGCCCAAUUAUGCGACUUCGAUCGGUCUGACCGCGGGACAGGGCUCAAUUGUCGGAGCUGUCCUCAAUCUCGGUCUCGGCUUGGGACGCCCUGUCGUCGGAUACUACAGCGACGUCUUUGGACGUAUCAAUAUGGCUGCUUUGAUGACGGCGUUGUCCGGAGUCGUCUGUCUUGCAAUAUGGGUGCCGGCUAAGAACUAUGGAGUUCUCCUGCUUUUCGCCCUCACUGCAGGCUGCUUCUCUGGGAUAUUCUGGAUGACGAUCACGCCAGUAACGGCUGAAGUGGUUGGCUUGAAAAGGUUGCCUUCUUCCUUCACGGUGAUCUGUCUUGUUUUGACAUUGCCGUCGACUUUUGCGGAACCGAUCGCUUUGGAGAUGGUUGCGGCUUCUGGUUAUCUUAGCUCGCAGAUCUUUGUGGGUGUCAUGUUCUUGCUCGCUGCGGCGAGUACUUGGAUUCUGAGGUCAUGGAAGAUCAAUCAGAUUGACAUCAAAGCUGCGAGGGAGCGAGAGGUCGACAGCCCCGACUCUGGUCAGAUUGCGGCUGAGCACGCUUUCUGGUUGACACCACGAAGCCUCCUGUGGUUAGGGAGAGUGUGA